AACGAAUUGUAAGAGAUAUGAAUAAGAGUUUAAUUCCAGGUGUGUUGAGUCUAGAGACUAGUGAGUAUAUAAGAUUUGAAUAUGCCCCGCGCUUUGAUGCACACAUCCGAGCCCGCAGCUUUUAACAGCGUAUAUUGAGAUUUAUAACCAUUACCCAAAAUGCCGGGUCGUAUAAUCGAUCGUUAUGAACAUGUUCCUGUGACACAGGAAGACCUUGACUGGGCCGACCUUGUUACAUUAGACUUGAGUCUAUAUGAGCAACCAGGAGGCAAAGAAGAGCUGGUAAAGCAGCUCGACCAUGCGGUUCGGCAUGUUGGAUUCUUCUACGUCAAGAACUUCAAUAUACCUCAGAAAGAAGUCGACCGCCAGUUCGCUCUAGGACGGGAGUUCUAUGCGCUUCCAUUAGAGGAGAAAUUGAAGUAUUAUAAUAAGCAAGACCUCGAAAGUGGCGAAUAUAACGGAUAUAGGCCGGCGGGCCAUCGGGUGCUUGGAAAUGGCGUGAAGGAUAACGUCCAAGUAUACAACAUACCCAAGUUUGACGGAUUUCACCACCGCGAGCACCCCUCUGUUCUACAGAAUAAUAUCAAGGAGAUCGAAGCCUUCUCCAGGAAAUGCCACGAGGAAGUUGUCGUCAAACUCCUACGUCUCUUCGCGAUCUUGCUUGAGCUUCCCGACGAGGACCAGCUAGUUCGGGACCAUCUCUACGACGCCAAAGGAGAAGACCAUCUGCGGUACAUGCACUACGCGGCGCGGAGCCCCGAAGAGAACGCCAAGGUGGCCAACCUGUACGGGCCGGGGCACACCGAUCUGGGCACGGUGACUCUCCUAUUCAGACAGCCGGUAGCCGCGCUCCAGAUUUUGAACUCGGCCGGAGAGUGGAAGUGGGUGAAGCCGCAAGACGGCACCAUCACGAUCAACACGUGCGACGCGCUGACCGCGCUGACGGGCGGCCUGAUCAAGUCCAGCGUGCACAGGGUGCACACGCCGCCCGCGGACCAGGCGCACAUCGACCGCCUGGGCGUGCUGUACUUCGCGCGCCCGAAUAACCACGUGGUGCUGGAUCCGAUUGCGAACAGCCCUCUUCUGCAGCGGCUCGGGUUGACCAGCAACGCGUUUACGGAGUUGGGGCAGCAUCUGACUACGAAGCAGUGGGUCAAGGCGCGACAGACGCAACAGCAGCGGCCCCGCGUCACCGCCAAGAUCUCCACCGAUGGCAAGUACGAGUACGAGAAGAAGGACUUGGAGAUCUUACCUGGGCUGCACGCUCUGAUUCAUAACUGAGUGGGAGAUAUCCGCAACUACCUACCCAAGAUACCUAG